AUGUGGAAAAACGAAGAAAGAGUUAAAAUUACGUUGAAUGAGAGUUCUCAAAAUGCGUCUAUUGAUCCAGAUAGGGUAAUUCUGGCCAACUAUGCGAUUGCCGGAGCCACCGCCCCCAUAGAAUUGUUAUCGGUUGACUCCGAAUACUCUAUGACCUUCUGUAUCUGGCAGGAAGACCAUACGAUUGGAAAUCUUCUCAAACAUUUAAUCUUGCGAAAUUGCGAUAUCGAGUUCUGCGGAUAUUCUGUCCCCCAUCCUUCGGAAUCUAAAAUCCACGUUCGCAUCCAAACCAAUGGAACGAUUACCGCCAUCGCAGCUCUGCGCCGUGCACUUGAGGACAUCAAAAAUGUUACGCAAGCUAUCCGCGACAAAUUUAAUGAACAAUACUCCGUUAACUUAUGA